GUCUGAUAUUUCAGAAUUUUCCAUAUUUUAGAAACACCUACAACCCAGCCUUUUUCAGAACAGAAUAUAAGCAGGAGUCAGCUCUGUAGAGUCAUCACUAACAAGAUAUUCUACAAUUUACUAAGACUAUUCUCUGCAGGCACUGCAAAACAUCUAUAACCAUGAAGUUGUUUGUGGCAGGAGUUGUUCUGAUUCUAAUUGUGGAAACCAAUGCACAAUGGUACAAGUUUCCCGUUGAAGCUGCUCAAGGAGCUCAUGAUAUGUGGCAAGCCUACAGUGACAUGAGGGAAGCCAACUGGAAAAACUCAGACAAAUACUUUCAUGCCAGAGGGAACUAUGAUGCUGCCCAGAGAGGAGCAGGGGGCAGAUGGGCAGCUGAAGUUAUCAGUAAUACCAGAGAGUGGGUGCAGGAAAAAAUGGGCCACGGUGCUGAGGACUCAGAGGCUGAUCAGAGAGCAAACCACUGGGGGCGGGAGGGAAAUGAUCCCAACCAUUUCAGGCCGGCAGGACUUCCUGAAAAAUACUGAGGAUAAAAACCACCGACUUAGAAUAACAGUAAUGAAAGAAUUUUCAAGUGUUGCAGUUAUUGUUGUACACAACACAAAUUGACAAUAAACAUUUUGUUUUGUCAUCUGA